CUAUAUAAUUUACCCAACUCUCAACAUUAUCGCCCCUCUCCUCCCCUCCCCCCCUUCGGCUUCUCCAUCUCUCACUCUGGUACAGCCGCUCCUCCCGCCUCCCACCUCCCGCCGAUCUUCCCUCUCCUUUUCAAGCUGCUAACGUCGCUGCUGCUUUCGGUGGUCCUGGUUGCUUCUUCGCUCUUCUCGCCGCUUUUUCUUCUCCUCGUCGCUGCUUCGCUGGUCCAGUCCUUCUACCGUCCGGUGCUGCUACUCGCCGCUGGUCCUCGUCCUCAAUCACGCCGCCGCUGCGUCUCGCCGCGUCCUACGUCAUUGCAGCAUAUAUUAGAUCAUUUUAAAGUAGAAGGUAUGGGACAUAACGAGUCUGGUGGAUCCGAGAAGAAAUCAAGUGAAUCUGCUAAUGAUUUACAAACUUUCAAUGCUGAAAAUUUGCAGAGUAACAUGAAAGUUAUAUAUUACAGCCGGACAUUUUUGUCUAUCAUUGGUGGGGUGAUUGCUGGAAUUUUGGGAUUCACGGGUUUGACUGGAUUUAUCUUUUAUUUCCUUAUCAUGGCCAUCACUUCACUGGGACUCGUAGGCAAAGCAAAGUUUUCUGUUCAUUCAUACUUUGACUCUUGGAACCGGAUUAUACUUGAUGGCUUUUUUGGGGGGCUUAUGUCGUUCGUGCUAUUCUGGACAUUUGCAUAUGAUUUCGUGCAUAUAUUCUGACGAGGGAUCUGUUACAUCUUGAUGGAAAGUGCUGCUGCUGCUGCUUGUGACUCCAGUUUAUACCAACACUGGAGCUUGAACGAAUGUUUAAUGCUUCUAUCAAUUACAAAAUUCAUCCUUAUCUUCAUUUAUCUUUUUGAAGUUUGGUUCUGUGGACUUGUUACUCACAGGCUUGACUGUAGAAUUUUGCAAGGAAGCUGCUUUGUUUGUUUCUGAUGUUUUUCUAUGUUGUACGUUGAUGAUUGUUCAAUGAAUGUAUGUUUGAAGAUUUCAGUUUUAA